AUGAAUUUUGCCUUUCUGCUGCGGAAGUCAAGAGUGUGUGCUGUUCCUAGUAGGAUUCAGAGUACACCAGCUAUGCAGAAAAAUGCCCCUCUUCGAAUUGCUGUGAUGAGCAAACAAAAUCUUAAAAGAAGGGGGGACUGGGGAGUGAAACGAAAUCUACCUGCCAUCAAUAACCGUCAUAUAUCAAUCAAGCUACUGGACUCGGCCGAUAAUCUGUGCUGGUUUGAAAGCAGUGACCGUUUUGUUCGAACUCUGAAGAGACUAAACGGUAUACAGUUGCCAUUGAGCACUUCCCAUAAUCAUGAAACUUCAGAAGGAACACUUUUAGAAAGGCUCGCCUCAUUUGUACACUACAACCGCAGCCCUGUCCAUGAGCGAUUCCCACGGGCCGCUGGAAUAACUUACAGCCGGCUUCUCUUAUUAAGUGCAAAGCCCACAAAACGGAAAAAAUUCAAUUCUGCUAUUUACUUGAGCAAUCCUGUCGGGGUCGUCAAUCUCCCUUCUUCCCGAAGGUCCUUGCGGCACAGUGGCAUCAAUCCACUGCUACGUAAAUGGAGUACAAGGGAGAGCACGUACUUUGGAUUGGCUGGAGUGGUAGCUUUUAUUACACACCCGUCUCCCGCAGCAAUUUCACAAACAGUACAAUUGCAGUCGUGGUCUGUCACCAAGGAAAAGAACAUAAGCUUUGAACCGGUUUUGGCCGUCAAGGAACCUUGA